AAACUUGAGUGCGGUCCCAAAGAAAUCAACUCCAGGGAAAUUGGCCUACAUUAGCUAUUUUCAGUGAAAUAAACGAGACAAAGUUGGAAAAAGCGCCAAUUCAUUUUAAAAGCGACGUUUUCGCUGCCGUCACCUUUGUCGAUGCUAAAAGUCCCUAGUUUCAACCGUUGUGUCGGCUUUGUGUUGAACAUGUCGGAGAAGUGGCAAAGGAAUCUGCACUCUUUGUUCACGAUGAAAGACCUGAGCAGAUCUCUUUUGACAUCACAGAAGAAGUUGAGGCUUCAUCCGAGCAUUAAAUCUCCCUGAUGCUGAUGUUGAUGAUAAUGAGGAUUAUGAUGAAGGCUUUGAAGAUGAACACUAUGACUGAUUGCUAUGUUUAACAAAUUGACAUUUAAGUGACCAGGUCUAUAUUUAGCUUUAGGUAUCGAGUAUAUAAAAUAAUGCACGGUCAACGGGAAAUGUUCGAUCAUUGUCCGCAGGUCAUGAUCACAUCCUCUCAGUUCUACUUCCAAGAAGUUAUGUUUAAAAGGGAAGUUAAGCAUUAGCAUUACUUUUGCCUUCUUCUCCCUGAGUCUCGUUUUGACAUCUCAGCGUCGUUUAUAAAGUAUUAGCCCUGUCUUUUAAAUGCUUUUCCGUAUGUCAGUUUCUUCGUAUGUUAAGUGAUUAUUCUGACUCCACUACACAACAUCAACAGACAAAACGUAAUGGCAAAUAAGUUUAUUUUGGGACGGCUUGGCGAGAACCAACCCUACAAAGUAUUUAUGUAAAUACAAUAAUAGGUGAAUACUGGUGAAUACCUAAUGUACAACACUUGUAAACUAGCUUUCACAAAAAGAUAAAACUCGUGCGACAAAUGGUCGCUCUUGACCUGAAUCGCCCACUUAAGCAGGCAGGCUUAGUGCCAGGUAGGCUGCCAGUCAUUCUGGGGAAACUAAUUAAUAAAACUCAGACAACGCAUAACUGGCACACGGAACACGGUAGUAGCACAGAGGCUAAACAAAAAGAAAAAACUCCUCACAACUGGUCGAUCUCGACCUGAAUCCCCCAAAUAAGCACACAGGCCGCUUAGUGCCAGUUAGGCUGCCAGUUAGGCUGGGGAAACUAAUUAAUAAAACUCAGACAACGCAUAACUGGCACGAGGAACACGGUAGGAACACAGAGGCUAAGCAAAAAGAAAAAACUGCUACAACUGGUCGAUCUCGACCUGAAUCCCCCAAAUAAGCACACAGGCUUAGUGCCAGUUAGGCUGGAGAAACUAAUUAAUAAAACUCAGACAACGCAUAACUGGCACGAGGAACACGGUAGGAGCACAGAGGCUAAGCAAAAAAAAAAAACUGCUACAACUGGUCGAUCUCGACCUGAAUCCCCCAAAUAAGCACGGAGGCUUAGUGCCAGUUAGGCCGGGGAAAUUUAAUAAAACUGUGAUCAACGUAUAACUGGGACCGGGAACACUUCAGGAGCACAGAGGCUGAGUGCCAGGAAAACUGGGAAUUAUCUCCACUAAUGUACCCAACAAGGCACGUGAGCCCAAUAACCAGUAAGACUGCCAUAAAAAGGCUAGGGCGGGACAUUGAGGGUAAACAAUGAAUAACGACCCUGGCUAGAGGUCUGUAACAUUGCCUGCAACCUAACUGCUCAAUAAUGACUUACGCCGCCUCCUAAAGAGCGGUUCCGGGACAGCUGACCUAAGCAUACAUGGAAACUAAAUAUAUCAAGUAAAGGAGCAGGUGCAAAACUGAGAUAACUAGUGUACAAGUACAUAAAAUAAGAAACGGAAAAAGGCUGAAAACUAGCAGAGCUGAGCUACCGCUUACAAACUGAAGUAAAUGCGGUCAGGCGGAGGCCAGAAAAAACCUGCCCAAAAAACCCCGAAGGGAAAAAAAUGCGGGCAGGAAAUCUGGGUAGGAACCAAGGCUCAAGCUCAAAGCCCUUCCCUACUGGGACUUUACAAUGUAAUCGAGAAUAUGUUGCUCCUAAAAAUAAAUAAAACAAAAAUUUAAGAAAAACCAAGGAGAGGUUGGUUCGUAAGCCUAGAUGACGAACACGUGAUAUACGCAGCCUUAUAUACCCCCGAUAUGGCUACCCAUGGUGCACCCGGCCUAGUACCCAGGCCCUGUUGUAUCUCGUGCCGUCAAAAUAUUUAUUUCUGCCUUCUUCGCGGGCUCAUUCGUCAGAAAUAACAUUUUCGUUCCUAAAUUCGAGACCACUAAUGUUACCAGUUGUGCAGUUUAGUUUUGCCAUAUUUUAUCCCGCGAUUUUUCGUACGUUACGCUUGUUUUAGCCUUAUCAUACGUUUAUUUUUUAACAAACCAUAGUAACCUUAUGUUUAUGAUGCUUUUUCGUACAUUCAUCGUCUGCUUGUCGUCUUUCCGCUUCUCCGUGGGUUAAUUCAUUUGUAAUAUUAGUUUUACUUUUGUUUUCUGUAACUUGUUUCGUUCUUACGUAUAACUAAAUGAGGAUUUACAAUUGAUUUUAAAACGCAUGUUAAUUCAUUUGCACCAUAUAAGAAUCGAUUGUCCUUUCCACAUUUUUAACAUUUGUAAAGUGUCGUUGUGAUUUAACACUUCACUGGCCAGCAUGCGCCUUGUCUGCGUGAAGAUAAGACUGCGCGGAUAACGUGACCGGUGCCUACCUGUCAUCUAUUUCAGACCCGGUGCUUACAUGUAUACUCCCAUUUGGCGGCCACUAAAAAAACUCUCCAACGAGCCUUUACGUAAAGUAAAACCUUAUUUUUUUUUAGGGUCUCAGAAUGAUGUUGUUUUCUUUAAUAAAGACGUGAUCAUCAUAAAACCGCUAAUGAUAGCUGUACUCUUGAUGAAGAUUGCCUUUUUGGGCGGUAAUGCGUUUUAGAAAACGGUAGAAGUUGCUCUGCAAAAACGUCUUGUAGGGGGGGGUCUCCAGGACUGCUUGCGACUUCCCCGGCUACUAACAACAAAUACCCGGCAACUUGAAAUCUUAGUGACAACCCUGUGUGGGCUAGUUCAUGCUCGCUACAGCUUGCCCGAAUGGCAGGCUGUAAAACUGACUUUCUUUGCACCCUGAAUACAGUCAACUCUCUCUUAAUGGUCACCUCUAUAAGAUGGACACCUCCCUAAAACGGACACCUAGUGUUGGUCCCUGCCUUUCUUUACUCCCUUUAUUUGACUCUCUGUAAGAUGAACAUCUCCCUAAGACGGACACUUCCUGCCAGUCCCAAAGGUGUCCGUCUUAGAGGGAGUAAUGACUGUAAUAGCUGUAUUACAUGUUAAACCCCUUCAUGACAAACCUCAAAAUGCACUGUUUAGUAUACAGUUGAACCCCCACUGAGUGGUCACCCUUAUGGUACAGGUAAGUAGUUUCUUAAUGGAGGUUCAUCAUAAACUAACAUAAUGUGCAGCUGAAACAUAAGACUGAAACAUCUUUACUGGUCCAUAACAAGUCCCACCUUCUAUCAUGGGCUUCAUUUUCCUUCAUCAAGGCCAAAAGGUGUACACAGAGCGGCUUAAUAGAGGGUUAAUUUACUAUGCUCUCCUAAAAUUAUUUCUGGACUAUUAUUUCUGAUUUAACAGUUCGCUUAAUAGAGGGUCGCCACUUAAUAGUUGGCUGUAUUGUAUGGUUGGGGGUGGGGAGUCGGGGCAUGACAAUAAUUUGUAUCAAGUAGGUUGAUAAACUUAUGUGGUCACUGCACCAGGAUUUAAGUAGCUGACAUUUAGUGUGCUGGGUUUUCUUCAGAGAUAAACACUAAUGGUGAUAUUUGAUGCUGAUCUACCAUAAAUAUUUUUAUCGUAGGCUCCUACAGAACCCAAAGCCAAACCAACUAUGUUUCAAAGUGGGAAGACAACAUUCUCAAAGACAUCAAAAGUUUCACGUGUCCUUGUACCAACUGGACCACCAAUGAACAAGAGACAGCAAGAGCUUCAAAAGCAGGUAAGUACAGUAUAAUAAUAACAAUAACAAUAACAAUAACAAUAACAAUAAAGAGACCUUCUUGAAUUUCAAAAGCAGUCAUUUUACUUUUGUAUUUGAGGUUUCCUCGUCGUUGUCGCAGAUUCAACCCAUCUUCAUGUCGUUUGUUGUCAUUUUGUCUGUCUUAUGUUGCCGCUUCAAAGCCAUACAUGUCGCUUGUCAGCAUUGUACCCUAACAGGGCCACAAUAAUUUAAUGUCAAUAGUAAUAUUUCUGCAGGACCUGGUAUCUAUCGACAAUGUUGCUAUGGCAGCAGCUAAGUAGUUUAACCCUGUAAGUCUCAAGAGUGACCAACAUCAAUUCUCUCCUAAAAAUAUUGAUACAUAAUCAAGAGAAAAGGUAAUGAUAACCAAUAAAAGGGUUACAAUCCUCAGGUCAGAGGGAAAAACAAUGAAUCAUCACCAGGGAUAAGUUCCACAUGGAUGAAAGUGUUUAUCAACCUUUUUUGUAUCAUUUGUCUUAUUUUUUUUACAGGAGGCGAUAAAAAAGAAACUGGAAAUUCAGAAACAGAAACAAGAACUACUCAAUAAACAGAUCAAAGAACAGAAGGUAAAAAUUAUGAAUUUUAUUGCAGCCGUCUGUCUCACCACUUAUCCCCCUUCACAUUUGUCAGGUAUUUCUUAGACUGCUUGCAGCCCACCUUGUCUCUCUUAGAUCUGUCAAGUUCAUAGAGAGAAGAAACAAAAGACUUUUAACCAAAAAGGGAAUAAGGCAAGACAAGAAAAGACAGAUUGCUGACUCUUUUGGAGUAAACAAGCUCUCCAUCAGCCCAGUGUGGGAUUUUUUUAAUGUCCUAUUACCUGACUUUACUUAACUUGAGGUCACCUAGACAAAAUUGACCAGUCGCAUUGAAAGUGAAAACAUUUUAUGUUGGAAAAUUCAUUUUUACUGUAUGCUUAAUACUUUGUUUCUGGUUUUCUUUGCCAGCUUUUAAUCUCCAAACUUGAAAAGAAGAAUCUUAGUGCUGCAGAGAAAGAUAUGAUAGUGAAGGUAAAAUAUAAAUUACCCUCUUACUAAACAGGGUUCAUACAGGUCAUGGAAGACCUGGAAAGUCAUGGAAUUUAAAUAAUAUUGUUGGUUCUGGAAAGUGAUGGGAAGUUAAAGUUAAUUUUGUUAGAUUAGUUACUGCAGAAUGUCAAAAGCAGGAGAAUGUAAGACUUCUGCCAGAGUUAAGAUCAAUAAGUUAAGCUUAGCCCAUUUUAAGAGACUUCUUAGGGAUUACUGUACCGCCUCCUUAUGGACUUGUUAUAAUGUAGAGGGCCCCAGAAAACGGAAAACAAUUUGCCUAAAAUGUAACUACGCUUGCACUCUAACUAGCCGCGUCACUUGCUGCUUUUAGCCUUUCCAUCUAGCCUUUCUUUUUCCAAUCCUAACGUUGCUUUUAUUUUUGAUUUUUUGUAUAUGUGUAUCAUUUUUUUAUUAUAAUUUUUUUUCUUGGCGAAGCUUAAUAAAUACAUAAAUAAAUGAAACAAGUUGCAGAACUGAGUUAGGUCAAAAAUAUAUUCCUAAAUCAAGGGAAGUCUUAAAAAAUAUUUAAAACUAAAGCUAAGCCUAAGGUCAUGGAAAUCUUAAAAAAGGUAAUGGAAAAAGUCAUCGAAAGUCGUGGAAUUUGAAGAGCUCCAAAGAGUACGAACCAUGUAAUAAAGCCGGCAUUUUGUAUUCAUUGCAAAGUCAGAGUAUGAUGGUAUAUUUAUGUCACUUGUUACAACUUGUGUUUCAUGUUUUUGCUUUUUAUUGCAGACAGUAAAAUCUCUAAGUUCAAACAUUGAAGCUCUGAAGAAGGAAGUUGAGUUAGCAGCUAUGGCAGCAAAAUCCAAAGAAAGUCCCUCACAGGCCAGACAGAUUGUAAGUGCAAACUGUGUUAUGAUAAAUGAAUUAUUAUUAAUCAUGAAGUCAGCAUAAUUACCUGUGCUUGCUGUAGCUGAACAUUUGUUUGUGUGGAUAAAUAGAUAAACCUUGUGCACACCCACAGAAUGGAACAUCAAAUGCCCAUCCCCCUAAAUCAAGGAUGAAGCCAGGCAAGAGACAAAACACGUCAUUUUCCCAUUCUUGAUUUUUGGGGAGGGGGGUAUAAAUUUCCCAUCUAUUUUGUCCAAGAUUGACAGAUACUAUACUUUAAACUGAUUGGGUUUGAAUCGGCUGAAAAGCAAACUUUGUCACCUGAAUAAGCAUACAAUCUGCAAUUGUUGUAAAAGGAAAGCCUGCAAAAUAUCCAGGCUUUGUGAAUGGGACUCAAACCCAUGACCUCUGCGAUACUGGUGUAGUACUGGUGUAAGCUAAUAAGCGGACUGAGAGCUUGUCAUUGAGAUGGUUUGUUUUAAACCCACGAAAGGAUAAGUGAUGAAUAUGAAAAUCAUAUACCAGUAUUUAGAACUAACUGUUGUUAUUUGACCUUGUUUUUUUUUAGGCCCAGAAAGCAAUUCUUGACCAGGAGCUUGACCUGAUAACACAUCAGAAUACUGGGGAAGACACGACAGAACUGAAGAAAAAAGUUGAAGAACUAAAGCAAGAGGUAGUUCCUUGAGAUACAUUCAAUCUGUCUAGUGCAUCAUUUUUAGUAUUUUGAUGGAUGUGAAAUAUUAUGUGCAAAUUCUCUAUUGUAACAUUUCUCACAUCUGUAUUAAAUGAAAUGAUGAAUAUAUGAUUGAAUUUCACAUGGUUCAAUGUUAAUUUUGUUGAUCAGCAGUGUUCAUCAACUUUUAAACAAUGUAUUGUGGUACAUGGUACGUUGAACUGGGCCAUUAAACAUUUUAAUGCUGAUGAAUGAGAAUGCGGCUGUAGUAAAUAAAGAUGGACUUUAUUUUAGCAAUUACACCCCAACAGUGCUUGUAGUUGUUAAUCAAAGAAUGUUUAAAUUUUUUUAAACCCAGUGUCUUUGGCUUUUAGUAGUUCAGAGCAGGAAUAUAUCUACAAUACUUGUCAAAAAUCUUGAAACGCGUGUGUGUUUCCCCUUGUCCAAUUUUGAUUUGGGUAUUACAGCCGUCUCACUGCCCCAAAAUAUGUGUGGCUCAACAUUGGGGAAGGGGAGGGGCCCAUUUGAGUGAGAACAAAAGUGUGAAAAGUGAGUAAUGAAUUUUAGAGAAAAUUCAAGAGAAGCAGUGUCUGUUUCAUUGAUUUGUGAGGAGUAUUGUAGUUACUGACCAUGUACUGUUUUUAGGCAAAAUCUCUUGGCUUACUGGAUCCACCCACAAAGGGACGAGGAAGAGGAGUUGUAAGAGGACGUGGCAGAGGAACACCAGUGAGAAGCAGACCACUUCCAAGAACAACACGGGUGUGGACAAGAGACAGUGCUUCAUUAGACCAUCGACCAAGGCGGAUCAGUGUUGGAGAAAUAACAACUGAACAGAAGGAAGAUAUUACAGAGCACUUUAAAGUAAGUACUAUGACGUUUUCUUUUUGCUACUUUUUAAAGCUGAAAUGAAUCUAUGAUGCUCAGGAGUAUAACCAAUUGUCAAUGGUGAAAGAAGGGCACAUCUCACUUGUCCAAAAGAUGGCCUUUAAUUUACAUUCAGGACUUAAUCCCUCAAGGUUACUGACUAUUGAAGUAAUAAUGUCCAAAACGAAACACAGGUUUCAUCCAAUGUCAUCUCACCAAAAAUAUCAAUACCAAACUCAAGAUAGAGUGUUUCAUGUUAUAUUCAGACACUGAGAAGUGGUUUGAAAAAAGGGUUUUGCAAGACCCACUUUGAGGAUUCUGGAUAUUGGAUGAAACACUGAGUGGAAUUUAAUACAAAAAUGUAUAGCUUCUCUCACAAACAAGAAGUUUUGAAGAAAUUCAAUGCUUAAGUUCAUGAAAUCAUAUAGGAGUUGCCUCUGAUAUCCAAGCAAACACUGUCAAAGUAGUGAUUUCCUUGGUUUGUUAUCGUGGAUUACGGUUCGAGAAUCAAACUCAUUUGUGGUCUUUGAUUUACAAUUGAAUUUGUUAGAUUUGAUUACUUCCUGUCCUAAUUCCUGUAUGUAUUGAGAUUGAGAAUUCAUAAAGCUGCAGCCAGUGAAAGUUUGAUUUAUUAGAGUAAGGAAAAAUGGGGAAUUUACACGAAGCUAAAUGUAAUUUAGGCUAAGUUAAACACGGAACCAUGGUGGCCAGCAGUUUUCCCCAGAGUUGGAUGCAGGAUGACCAGGUUUAAUGUUGUGAUGCAGUGCAAGGGGCCAAGAAGAAUGUUACAAUGGAGCUUUUGGAGUCACUAAAAAGUAAUGUUUGUGCAUUAACAGUUGUCUUUUUGUUUUCGUCCUGUAGGAAUUCGGUAUUGUUGACAAUGAAGAAUAUAUUGAUGAUAAGGAAACUCUCAACUUGACUUUUAGAACAAGAAAAGAAGCCGAAAUUGUAAGAAUAAUGGGUAUUAUCCAUUUGGUCAAUGUUUAUUUCUAGUAUCUAUCGGUCUUAUGUCCCACCCAAUUCCUCCCUCCUUUCUUUAUUUGGGUUUACUUUGUAUUGCAUCAACUUAUAAAGAUUUCUGGGUGAUAGCGGAUUUGUAGAGUUGUAGACUGUGAGUAGUCUCCAAUUCUCCCCCAAAAGAGCCCAGUGGCCCCUGGCGUCUAACUUUUUCUUUUGGGCCACAAGAAAAUCUUAGUUUUUUCGUGGAAACCAUAUGCUGGGUACCCUAGAUUUUACAGGUUCAGAGCACUGGGCUCCCUUCAGUGCUCCCUAGAGCACAGCCGUGAAACUUAGUUGAGUUGUAAUGUGUGAGUGGUGAGCAGCUACUCCCCUGUCCUAACAUUCAGUCACAGACAAGGCCAGUUUUUAUCUCCCCUUUCUACUGGACAGAUUAAGAAAGAGAGAUUAGUUGUAGUCCAGUUGAAUUGGGAAAUCCACGAAAGGGUUUGAAAGCGGGCCUUUUGUUAUUGACUAUACCCUACGAUAUAAAAUUUAGUUUUGAAGAUUUGCAGUUAUCAAUCGAUAAUGUUUUAUACUGUCGCUGGCUUUUCAAUCAGAGCUUUAUACAAGAAUUUUAUUAUUUUUAGGCCUUCAAUAAAGGCAAGACAUUCAAAGGCAGAGCCUUGAAGGUUUCUUGGUAUCGACCUCGAUUGACGCCUACAUCACCAGCAACAGCAGUACCAACUACACCUACGACUCCUACAGUGCUCAAGAAAGUAGAGGAAGAGUUAGGACUGGAUAUUGAUGCUGAACUGGUAAGAACUCUAUGAAAUGUAAACGUUUUGUGUAUGCGUUGUGGUGUCCUAAACAGAGUGCUAAAGUGAUAACGUUAUAAAAAUUAAAAUUUGAAAUUAUGGGAUUUGUCAGGAUAGCCUGAAGGAACAACAUCCAAGAGGCCUACUUGCCAAAAACUAGCAUUGUGGGGCAAAUUGUCUCUGAGAUAUUAGCCCAGUUAUGUUCUGAUGACUCCCUGCAAGUCCUUUUAAAUUUGACUUGGGUCAUAACGUUAUGACCCGAGUCAAAUUUAUCUACUUGUAAAUCCCAUAUCAGUGCGCAUGCCCAUUGAUUAUCCCAUCUUUUAGUAAUAUGAAUUAGAGAGUAAGGCUUUCUUGUUUGGGAGCCUUUCAGAACUCUUUUGUUUUGCUGUUAGACAACGGUUUAUUUCAGAACAAUUCAUUUUCUUUUUGUUUUUUUAGGGAAAACAUGAAUUUGAUGCGGAUGCAGACGAAGCUUUGCUUCUUGGAGAAGAUUUUGAUGAAGAAGAUGAAGAAGAAGAUGAACGAUCGUGGAAAAGGUAG